UGACACUAAACCUGAUGACCUGAGUUUGAUUCCAGAACCUGCAUGAUAGGACAAAUCCUUCAGGCUGUCCUCUUACCUCCAUACAUGUACCCUCACCUGACACUGCCUUCCCAUAAUGGCAGAGAUAGUGGCAGAAACAGCUGAGAUACCAGCACAGUCACCAGGAGCAGUGGACAUUUCGACACCAGUGUCAGGAGAACUGGCAGAGAUGGCAACCACAGUGACUGAGAUGACCCCUGGGGAGGCGCUGGCCUCGUCCCUCUUCUUCCAGCACCACCAGUUCAUGUGCUCUGAGUGUGGCAGCCUCUACAACACCCUGGAGGAAGUCCUCUCCCACCAGGAACAGCACCUGCCUACCAUGUCAGAGGAGGAGGUGCUAACCGCCCAGGACACAGGCCUGGAGUCUGAGCUAGUGCCUGACACUGGGGACGGACCUUUCCAAUGUGGUGAGUGCAGCCAGCUCAUCCUCUCCCCCAGUGAGCUCCUGGCACACCAGGAUGCCCACCUGCAGGAGUCUGCAAGCCAGAUCCAGUACCAGUGUGGCGACUGCCAGGAGCUCUUCCCAUCACCUGAGCUGUGGGUGGCUCAUCGAAAGACUCAGCACCUUUCCAGUACAGCUGAUGAGCCACCAGUGCCACCUCCUUUUCCUCCCCCAACACCCCCACCCCCACCACCAGAAGUCAAGAUGGAGCCCUAUGAGUGUCCCGAGUGUUCUACCCUCUGUGCCACCCCUGAAGAGUUCUUGGAGCAUCAGGGCACCCACUUUGACUCCCUGGAGAAAGAAGAGCGCAAUGGGUUAGAAGAGGAGGAGGAGGAAGAAGAGGAGGAGACCGAUGAGGAGGAAACAGCAGCAGAGCUCACUGCUGAUGAUAUGGGAGAUGACAAGGCCAUGGCUGAUCGAGCUCAGAGCUGUGGAGAUUGUUCCCAGCACUGUACCACUUCAGCUGCACGCCGCCGACACCGACGGGCAUCUCGUGGUCCAGCGUCUGGCACUCUCCCCUUCCACUGCAGCCAAUGUCAGCGCAGCUUCAGCUCUGCUAACCGUCUGAUGGCUCAUGGACGAGCCCAUGUGGGUGGUACCCAUGAGUGUACCACCUGCUCCAAGGUGUUCAAGAAGGCAGCCUCUCUGGAGCAGCACCAGCGGCUGCACCGUGGGGAAGCCCGCUACCUCUGUGUGGACUGUGGCCGUGGCUUUGGCACUGAGCUCACUUUGGUGGCCCAUCGCCGAGUUCAUACUGCCAACCCAUUACACCGCUGUCGCUGUGGCAAGACCUUCAGCAACAUGACCAAGUUCCUCUACCACCGACGAACUCACACUGGGAAAAGUGGAACCCCCACCAAAGUAGCAACUGUCUCCCCAGCUCCAGCUGAGCCCACGCCCCCACCUCCACCCCCACCUGUCCAGCUGCCCUGCCCACAGUGCCCCAAGUCCUUUGCCUCAGCCUCCCGGCUUUCCAGGCACCGACGCGCAGUACAUGGCCCCCCUGAACGCCGACACAGGUGUGGGAUUUGUGGCAAGGGCUUCAAGAAGCUGGUCCAUGUGCGCAACCACCUGCGGACACACACAGGUGAGAGGCCCUUCCAGUGUCACUCCUGCGGGAAGACCUUCGCCUCUUUAGCCAACCUCAGCCGCCAUCAGCUGACCCAUACAGGAGUACGUCCCUACCAAUGCCUGGACUGUGGCAAGCGCUUCACACAGAGCUCCAACCUACAGCAACACCGUCGGCUACACCUACGACCAGUAGCCUUUGCGCGUGCCCCUCGCCUUCCCAUAACUGGUCUCUACAACAAGAGCCCCUACUACUGUGGAACCUGCGGCCGCUGGUUCCGUGCCAUGGCAGGCCUCCGACUGCACCAGCGGGUCCAUGCCCGAGCUAGAACAUUGACACUACAGCCUCCUAGGUCACCCUCUCCAGUCCCACCCCCACCCCCUGAACCUCAGCAGACUAUCAUGUGCACAGAGCUUGGGGAGACCAUUGCCAUCAUCGAGACAUCCCAGCCACUGGCGCUGGAGGACACACUGCAGCUGUGCCAGGCAGCACUGGGGGCCAGUGAAGCGAGUGGACUGUUGCAGUUGGACACGGCGUUUGUGUGACAGCACAAGGGCAAUGAUAGGAGGUUCGCUUACAAGACAGAGCAGAGCAGCUCAGGGGAGACCACCAGAUGUCAGGAUCCACCCUGCUGGCCUCUUCUAACUGCUGACUCCUCAGACCAAGGACAACCCUGCCAGGUUUCUUCUGUCACCUUUCUCUGCCCAAGGUGAAACUGAAGCUCUGUGAAGUGAUGUGAUCCAUCUCAGCCCUUGCUGCUGCGCUGCAAAAUGGGGUUUGCCAAGGCUCUUUGCACGGCAUCACCCAGUGCUCAGCAACAUCAGGUAACCUUUAUGAGCACCAACCAUAUGCCAGACACUCAUAUACCUCUCAGAUCUUCUGCUUGUAAACCCUAACUCCCCACUUCCCUGGAUUUUGGGUGCCUGGGACUUAGCUCUGCUGGGUACAGGUAGUUUCUCUGGGCUUGUUCCUUCUUGGUUUGACAGUAUGAAAAGAAAUCUGUAGGUACCCCCAGUACUCAGCUCAGACUAGGUGAUGUUGAAGAGCCAGGAGUGAACCAGACACAGCUCUGAACUCCGACUCUGAACUCAGUCCAGCAGGAGCAACAGACUAAAGUACAGACAGACAGCUUGCCUGAAUGCAGCGCAUUCAGCCUCUGUGCUCAAGGCACACACGUGCCAUGGUGCUAUGGGCCAGAGGCAGUGAGUCAGGCCUGAGGAUCCCUGGGCUGUGAUGGGAAAGUGUAGGGACAAUGGGAUCUGAGAAUAGGGAGCAAGCCUCCAUGGGAGGUUCCUAAUGGCACCAGUUCCCGAAGUAAAGCAGGAAUCUGCCAGUGGAAAAGGACAUUUUAGACAGGCUCUCCAGUUAUAACUGCAAUAAACUGGCUGAUAGGCUUAGGCGGGGACACUUAGUGUCUAUCGGUGGACCUGUGCAUCAUCCCUGUUGUAUGAGUAAGGAUAUGGGUCAGAGAAUAUAUUCUGUUCUCCUUGGAGAAGGCAGUGUCACGGAGCAUUUGGGAUUUGAGGGGCCUUGGAAACAGGAAGGGAUUGUAUUUUUUCAUAGGGUGUCCUUCCUCUCCCUAAGAUGAUUAUAGGAGACCAGUGGGGCAGGGCUCCCCCAAGUCUCAGCAGACCAUGGUGCUCCAACAAGUGAAGCAGGAUGCUGCUGGGGCUGGGCACUGUCUGAGAGAUAAGCCCAGGCCUUGGAAAUUGAGGUGAGUUGUUGUUGAAGGAACGUCACAGGGAGGGUGUCGUGUCUCCCUGGAUCAGAGCAGGGAGUGGGAGGUUGGCAAUGGUCCAAGAGAGGUGAGCAGAACUGAGUAGGGACAUUAGGGUCUGAUGGGUAAGACAGCCUCAGUGACCACAUAGUCAACCAGUAGGUCCAUCCCUUAACUCAAACCAGCCAUUCUCACCGUACCUUAUAAUUGGUUUGAGCAAAAGAUCUGUCCUACAGGGUAGACAGGCACCCCUGGGGCUGAUGGAAGCAUCUAGCAGAGCCCAGAAUAUGAGAAUCCCUCAUGGAUAUGUUUCAAAAUUCCUUUUUGUGCGUCGUUAGAAUCCAUCAGAAGGCUCCCUCCCUUUCCGGAGCCUUCUACCCACUCACUGUUUGGCACCAUUUGGAGAUACCAUUUCCUUCUGCUAUGGUCCCCACCAUCUGGCUCCAGCAUAUUUUGAAAGUCAAGGGGAAAAGCCAGGCAAGGUGGCACAAGCCUGUAAUCUCAGCAUUUGGAAGCCUAAGGCAAAAUCAUCUCCAAUUCCAGGCAGACUUGGACUAUAACUGGAAGACCACCUCAAAAAACAGAGAAAAGCUAAGCUGUCUCCACCUUCCCAGGGUCACCACUUCCCAAUAUCCCUAAGAGAAGUGAAGCAAGUAUACCCUGCGUUCAGGCAGUUACACCCCAGGAAUCUGUCCACACAUACCACCCCACUGAGUCCUACAGGCAGUUAGCCUAAGAGACUUUCAUUAUCCAGGGUCCCACUGGGCCCUGCUGCAGACAUCCCUUUGUUCAGAUCCUGACUCUGCCUCUUAAAUUCUGGGGUUUCAACCACUCUGAACCCUAAUCUCACUGAUCACCCAGGAUGGAGACCUUGCCCCUG